UUGUGAAAUUUUAUAAUAAAAGUAAUUAAGAUCUAACGACUGUUUAACUUAGUUUUAUUUGUACUUUAGACACUCUUAUUUCAGUCGCAGUAGUAAAAUAAUAUUAUUACAUUGCUGUCAAUUUUUAGCCACUACAGACUGUUUUAUUUAAAAUAUUAGUUUAAUUCUUAAAAUGUGUAAUCAUUUGAAAGAUCUAGACGUUUUGUUAAAACAGUUAUCGGGUUUUAAUAAAUAUUGUAUUAAGAGUUAUGUGACAAAAAAAUUAACAUCCGUUGGUGAAAAUUAUCAGAGCAAAAUAAUUGGCGUUGAUUUAAAAAUUAGUGAAGAAAAAAAUCCAAAUGAAGAUCGUGAUCUCCAUGUAAUUAUUAAAAUACCACCAACAGUAAAAAACUAUCGCGAAGUGUUUGAUCUUCAGUUAAUGUUCAAAAAAGAAAUUUUUAUGUAUAAUAACAUAUUGCCGGCUUAUAAAAAAUUCGAAAUUGAUAAUGGUGUAUGUGACAGUGAGUUGUUGAAUAUUGCUCCAACUUAUUACGGCUCAAAAUUAAGUUCUAGUAAAGAUAUUGAUUUAAACGAUAAUGCAUUAAUUGUGUUGGAAAAUUUGAGAUCAUGGGGUUAUUAUACAGUUGAUCGGAGAAUUGGUACUGAUCUUAAUCAUUCGCGACUAGUAAUACAAGCAAUAGCUAAAUUUCAUUCCACUGGAAUCGCAAUGAAACAUAAAAACGCCGAAGAGUUUGAAAUUAUAAAGGAUUUAUCUUCAGAAAUGAAAGUCAAGUAUCCUGAAGAUUGGAGCAGUGUCAUCGAAAAUAUUUUCAAGCUGAUUGCCAGUGAUGUACAAAUGAAUAAAUUCUUAGAUUCGUGUAUUAAAUUAGCGGAGUUAAUUAGAUCAAAUCCUCAGGCAGAAAUUCCGGUUGAACCGUGGUCAACAAUUAUUCAUGGAGAUUUUUUAAUUAUGAAUUUAUUAUUCCGUCGAUCAAACAAUUUGAAAGAUUCCGCAAAUAUCAAAUUUAUAGAUUUUCAAAACUACAUGUUUCUCAAUCCGUUACGUGAACUCAUAUUUUUCCUUUGCACCAGUACUGAUCAAGAAGUUUUGAAUUGUCACUUCGAUGAACUUGUAGAUCUAUACUAUGAAACUCUUAAAAACAGACUUGAGUUGUUCAAUUUCGAUAGUGAUUCGUACACGCGAGACAGCUUUCAUAAAGAAUUAGUUCAGAACGCUCAAUUGGAAUUUUUACAUUGUGUUGUAGUGCUCCAAAUACUGACUUUGAAUUUUGAGAAAAAUGAUGUGGAUGUGGAAAACCUUACACUUCUUCUUAAGAAUUCAAAAAUACAAGAAAAUGAAAUUUUCCUUGAAAAAUUAAGAAAUCUUACUAGCUUUUAUCAUCAACGUGGGUGGUACAGCUGAAAAAUUUGACUUUGAAUUCUUAUAAAAUAUUGAUAGUACAUAGUUGAGAUGAAAUAAAUGUGAAAAAUGAAAUAAAUUAUGUGAAUUGUAAAUUUUUAAUCACUAACCUCUUACUAAAUUAUCUUAUGCCAUCACUAAAUUCGCUGUUUUUUUUUUUUUUUUUUUUUUUUUUUUGGUACUACAUUAAAAUGCCGAAAUACUAUACUAUACUAAAUCACUAACCUCUUACUAAAUUAUCUUAUGCCAUCACUAAAUUCACUGUAUUUUUUUUUUUUUUUUUUUUUUGGUACUACAUUAAAAUGCCGAAAUACUAUACUAUA